ACCUUAUGAUUCACAUUAAAAGAUUUAGUUUGUUUAACUUCCUGUUUGUAUUUUUAUCUAAUGAUAGGUGUUUACUGAAACACAGGCGACACAUUCAGAAGUUAAGUCUUGAUUUUUUUAUUUAAUUGUCAAGAUGGGAUCUUCAAUCUCUCAUGAAACCUAUGAAUCUAUCAAUGGGGAUUUUUAUGAUGGACAAAAGUAUUAUGCAAAAUUUAAGGAUAUGUUUUUUGAGGAGGGUGCCUGUCGUUAUGCCUUCAUGGGAACUUUGUAUGGAAAUGGACCACGGAACAAUUCAAAAUGCGUUACAAAAGUGUUCAAGGAUGAGGCAGCGAGUAAAUUGAAGAACUGGGUACCGGAGAUAGCUGCAAGUAAGCGAGCUUUCAAGUAUGCGAAGCAUUUUCAAGAAAAAUACUUCCCGAGAAUGAGCGGAUCAACUUAUGAAAUUGAAUUUCUGAUACCACUUCUCGCACAGAUGAAGAAUAUAUCAGGCAUAAAUCUCCUCUGGUUUAUAGAAGCAUUUCAAGAUGAACGUUAUGUUAACAAAAGAAGCAUGGUCGCUAUAGAACCGUUCAUUGAGGGUUCUUAUGAGAAGUUCAACUCCAAUGGAGGAUAUGAGCAACAAGGUGGCCUUCAUAGUAUAGUAAAUACGUUUAGUCAUUGGACAUGGCAUGUAAGUGGACACAAAUAUAUGGUGUGUGACCUGCAAGGCGUGAAAUCGGGAAAAAAAUAUAUCCUUACAGAUCCAGCUAUUCACUCAGCAGGCAGGGAGUUCGGAGCCACAGAUCUUGGUGCUCUGGGGAUGGAAAUGGUUCUUGGAAAUCACACAUGCAACAAUUUUUGCAUGCAGCUUGGUCUUGAAAAUCCUUACACGGGGAUAUAUGUUGCACCAGGACUUAGGUCAACAACUUAUAGUUUCCAAGUGACGGAAGAACAAUUGAUGAUGGCCGACCAGAGAAGGGCUUCUUUGUAUCCAUAUUUACCAGCUACAUUCGAAUUGUAACGAUCGCACCUCAAUGUAAAACAGAGACAUUUGCCAAUCUACUGGUACUCAAAAGCAACAGACAACAUGUGAUCGAAGCACUUUUAAUGAAGUUACAUGUGCUGUCUAGGUGCAUUAUUCAUGAAAUUAGCGUUACCUAAGAGAAGGUGGCUCAAUUACAUUAUGUCUGCUUAUAUUUAAAUUACAUGAGAAGUUAGGAAAUAGCUUGGCUAUACGGAAAAUAAAAAAGAAAAUAACAAUAAUCUAAUACAUGUAUCUGUUUUACUGUCAUUAUAAUUAUACGAUAGCCAGGCCGUCAUUUUCAAGUCAAUGAUCUUGAAAAGAAAACAAGUUCCUGAAUUUUGUUUGAAUGUGGUUUAAAAUCUAAUGCCCGCAAAUUCAUUUUAUAAAAUAUGAUACUUUUUAGAUAUGCUGGUCUGUUUAAUUAAUGUGGUGAUCUUUACAGCCGUAUGUUGCACACAUUAGUCAUUAUUAUUACCUAAUACCUGGGUAAUUUUCACAUUCCUGCUUUUUGGACAUACAUAUUCACUAAUUAGAAUACUAUUAGCCUUACUAUUUUCGAUGAUUUUAAUUUUCAACACCCUAUUUUGUUUGAAUGGAGCUUUUACCAGUGU